GAAGUGAGGAAGACGAGAGAAUUAUGAUUUGAGCAAUGGUCAAAGUCAUAUGUACACACUUGUCCACUACAAAACACUCAAAAACAUAGAGCCUGUCAUGUUCUUUUUUUCUAAAUUCUUUCUUUUUUUUUUUUGUUGCCCCUAUCUCUCUGCUAUUUGUCUAGAAAGGUUGAAACUUUAGAGUGAGAGAAAGAAAGGGAAAACAUAGCCUCAUUAGAGAGAGAUCUAAAAUGGAGUAUGAAAGAAUAGACAAAGUUCAGAGUGUUAUUUCACCAAGUAAAUUGAGGAUGAAGCUAAUGGGGCCUCAUCAUAUGAGAAAAAAAGAUGGAUCAAACAGCAAUUCUUCUAGAACAUCUCCUUCUAGGAUUGAAGAUGCUGAGUUUAUCAACAGUCUCUUAGCCUCUAAAAAUGGAGACUUUGACGAUGAAGUUAAAGUAUCUAAUGAGUUAGUGAUGGAUUCUAGUCAAUCAAAAGAAUCAUUCCCAAGAGAGAACAUUGAAGGAUGCCCUGCUAAAUUGCAUCAAUUCUCGAAGAGCGAUAACAGUAAUUCGAGCUCAGUUCAUCCGAUGAGGACAUUUGAAGAUGAAAAUCUCGAUUCUGAUAGUAAUGCCAGUUCGUCGAGCUUUGAGUUUCAUAAAGGGGAGAGAGUGGUGCACGGUUCCGUGACAAGGACAUAUACCAGACCUACGUCGUCUAAGUGGAACGAUGCGGAGAAAUGGAUAAUGAACCGACAAAACGUGCAAGCUAUUAAUGCCAAGAAGAAUGCAGUUCACGGCCAAGCUAAUAACCGAUUUCCGAUUACGAAUAUGAUGAGAGUUGCUCCAGAGUCUGCAAACUCUGAUCAUCGAUUACAUGUUAAUCGAGUAGCUGAUGCUAUGCAGCUGCCAUUCGAGAAGUUCUCUUUUAUGCCUUCGGGAGCUCAAAAUUGGGAGAUGGAUUUGUCUUGUACGAAAAGUUCAGCUGAAGAUACAACAGUUCUGCCCACAAUUCGAUCCGUUUGUAUGAGAGAUAUGGGAACUGAAAUGACCCCUGUUACAAGUCAAGAGCCAUCUAGGACCUCUACUCCUGUAGGGGCAACAACCCCGCUCAGAAGUCCAACAUCUUCGGUCCCCUCUACUCCUCGUAGCGGGGCACCAACAUCAGCACCUUUGAAUCACAUUACUGAUUCUGAGUCACAUCAUCCUGGCGAUAGCGGCAAGCAAGAAUUGUCCGAGCAAGAAAUGAAGCUCAAGACGAGGAGAGAGAUCGUAGCCCUUGGUGUCCAGCUUGGGAAGAUGAAUAUUGCUGCUUGGGCAAGCAAAGACGAGAAGGAGAAGGACACAUCUUCAGUCGAAACCACUAAUAUAGAGGAGCUUGAACGGAUUGAAUAUGAAAAACGAGCAGCUGCAUGGGAGGAAGCCGAAAAGUCUAAGCAUAAUGCAAGGUAUAAGCGCGAGGAGAUAAAAAUUCAAGCAUGGGAGAGUCAGCAGAGAGCAAAACUAGAAGCGGAAAUGCGGAGAAUCGAGGCAAAAGUAGAGCAAAUGAGAGCCCAAGCUCAAACACAGAUGGUGAAGAAGCUUGCUAUGGCAAGGCAAAGAUCAGAGGAAAAACGAGCUGCAGCUGAAGCCAGAAAAAAUCGAGAUGCCGAAAGAACUUCUGCUCAAGGGGAAUAUAUUCGCCGAACCGGAAAAUUGCCAUCAUCAUCUCAUUACAUGUGUUGUGGUUGGUUGUCAUAAUAUAAGCACCACAAUUAAUAACGACAAAAUGUCUCAAUACUCUUAUUGAGCCAAAGUAGCAUCUCUUACUCUUUUUUGUGUGCACUAGCCAUGGCCUAAUGAACUGUUGUUGGCUGCCUUGGGUCCUUUUUUGUGGCGUUACAUGAAAAAUUGAAAUGAAUAGUGCAAUUGAUGCAUGGCCAUGAAAACUUGGGCUUGAGCCUCAACCUUUCAAAAAGACUAGAUAGGACAGGACACGCAGUGGUCAGGGCUACAAGUUGUUUGAUGGUCGGCAUAAUUUGGGCCCUUGGUGAAGGGCCAUUGGCAAUAAUGCAAGUUGGGAAUAUGAACUUAUCUAAAUGUGGAAAUAGGAACAUGUUUUAAGGUAAACCGAGCUUGUUAUACUA